AUGGAAAAUUCUGAUGCCUUUGAGCUUAAUUUCAACUGCAUAGAUCCAUCGGCCAUGACGUCGUUUCCAAAUGAAUCUGAGGAUUUGUCCCCACAAGAGAGGAAGCUAGGCAAGGGAAAGAUCGAGAUCAAGCGGAUCGAAAACACAACGAAUCGACAAGUUACCUUUUGUAAGCGCCGUAACGGGCUGCUCAAGAAAGCCUAUGAGCUGUCUGUUCUCUGUGAUGCUGAAGUUGCUCUCAUCGUCUUCUCCAGCCGUGGCCGCCUUUAUGAGUAUGCUAACAACAGUGUGAGAGGGACAAUAGAUAGGUACAAAAAGGCUUGCUUAGAUCCACCUAGUAGUGGUUCGGUUGCUGAAGCCAAUGCUCUGUUUUACCAACAAGAAGCUCAGAAACUUCGUCAGCAAAUUGCAAACCUUCAGAAUCAAAAUAGGCAAUUUUACAGGAACAUUAUGGGUGAAUCUUUGGCAGACAUGCCCGGGAAGGACCUUAAGAACCUUGAAAACAAGUUAGAAAAAGCAAUUUCCAGAAUUCGCUCCAAAAAGAAUGAACUUUUAUUUGCUGAAAUCGAGUAUAUGCAAAAGAGGGAACUUGAGUUGCAUAACAACAAUCAGUUUCUUCGUGCAAAGAUAGCUGAAAACGAAAGAGCUCAUCAGCAGCAGCAGCAGCAACAACACAUGAGCUUGAUGCCUGGAAGUAGUUCGGAUUAUGAGCUUGUGACACCACAUCAUCACCAGCCCUUUGAUGGUCGAAACUACCUUCAAAACAAUGAAAUUCAAACCAAUAACGAUUACUCUUGCCAAGAUCAAACCCCUCUCCAAUUAGUGUAA